GAAGGAAGUCCAUCUCUAAGGCAUAUGACAAUGAUGAGAGAGAAGGGAAGGCGGCAAGCUAUUAGAGGCCCAGCUUUCAUGUUCAACAACAGGGGUACAAGCCUUACUGCUGAAGAAGAGCGUUUUUUGGAUGCAGCAGAGUAUGGGAACAUUCCUGUAGUGCGCAAAAUGUUGGAGGAGUCAAAAACACUGAAUGUCAACUGUGUUGACUACAUGGGCCAAAAUGCCUUGCAGCUUGCUGUGGGGAAUGAGCAUUUGGAAGUGACAGAACUUCUAUUAAAAAAAGAGAACUUGGCACGAAUUGGAGAUGCCUUGCUGCUUGCAAUCAGCAAGGGGUAUAUCAGGAUAGUAGAAGCAAUUUUGAAUCAUCCUGGUUUUGCAGCAAAUAAGCGACUGACUCUAAGCCCCUGUGAGCAGGAGCUCCAGGAUGAUGAUUUUUAUUCCUAUGAUGAAGAUGGCACCCGCUUUUCUCCUGAUAUCACCCCAAUCAUUUUAGCUGCUCACUGCCAGAAAUACGAGGUUGUACACAUGUUGUUACUGAAAGGAACAAGGAUAGAGAGACCUCAUGACUAUUUCUGCAAAUGCAAUGACUGCACUGAAAAGCAAAAGCAUGAUUCUUUUAGUCACUCCAGGUCAAGGAUAAAUGCCUAUAAAGGGUUGGCUAGUCCUGCCUACCUGUCCCUCUCCAGUGAAGAUCCAGUUCUCACUGCUCUAGAACUCAGCAAUGAGCUUGCUAAGUUGGCCAACAUUGAAAAAGAAUUCAAGAAUGAUUAUCGCAAGCUGUCUAUGCAAUGCAAAGAUUUUGUGGUUGGUGUCCUUGAUCUCUGCCGUGACUCUGAAGAGGUAGAGGCCAUAUUAAAUGGGGACUUGAAUUCUGAGCCAGUUGAAGUGCAGAGGCAUCGAGCUUCGCUGAGUCGUGUAAAACUAGCCAUUAAGUAUGAAGUAAAAAAGUUUGUGGCCCAUCCAAACUGUCAGCAACAGCUGUUGACUAUCUGGUAUGAAAAUCUCUCAGGAUUACGGGAACAGACCAUAGCUAUCAAGUGUCUAGUUGUGCUGGUUGUUGCUUUGGGCCUUCCGCUUCUUGCCAUUGGUUAUUGGAUUGCACCAUGUAGCAGGCUUGGAAAAAUUCUCCGAAGUCCAUUUAUGAAAUUUGUGGCACAUGCUGCAUCCUUCAUUAUUUUCCUGGGCCUGUUGGUGUUCAAUGCCUCAGACAGAUUUGAAGGCAUAACAACGCUACCAAAUGUCACUGUUACUGAUUACCCUAAACAGAUCUUUAGGGUCAAGACUACCCAGUUCACCUGGACAGAGAUGCUGAUCAUGAUAUGGGUACUUGGUAUGAUGUGGUCAGAAUGCAAAGAGCUCUGGCUAGAAGGACCCAGGGAAUAUAUAUUGCAGUUAUGGAAUGUUUUGGAUUUUGGGAUGUUGUCCAUUUUCAUUGCUGCUUUCACAGCCAGGCUUCUAGCUUUUUUGCAGGCCACAAAAGCACAGCAAUACGUGGACAGUUACAUUGAGGAGAGUGAUCUCUCUGUGGUCACACUUCCACCAGAAAUAGAAUAUUUUACUUAUGCCAGAGACAAAUGGCUCCCGUCUGAUCCACAGAUAAUAUCUGAAGGCCUUUACGCCAUAGCUGUCGUGCUGAGUUUCUCUCGGAUUGCAUAUAUCCUGCCUGCAAAUGAGAGUUUUGGGCCCUUGCAGAUUUCACUUGGAAGGACUGUAAAGGACAUUUUCAAGUUUAUGGUCCUUUUCAUUAUGGUAUUUCUUGCAUUUAUGAUUGGGAUGUUUAUACUGUACUCCUACUAUCUUGGAGCUAAAGUAAACCCUGCUUUUACAACAGUUGAAGAAAGUUUCAAGACUUUGUUUUGGUCGAUAUUUGGUUUGUCUGAAGUGACUUCAGUUGUCCUUAAAUAUGAUCAUAAAUUCAUUGAGAAUAUUGGCUAUGUUUUGUAUGGCAUAUACAACGUAACAAUGGUUGUAGUUCUGCUCAACAUGUUGAUUGCUAUGAUCAACAGCUCAUACCAAGAAAUUGAGGAUGACAGUGAUGUGGAGUGGAAAUUUGCUCGCUCUAAACUCUGGUUAUCUUACUUUGAUGAUGGAAAAACAUUACCCCCUCCAUUCAGUCUUGUACCAAGCCCAAAGUCUUUCGUCUAUUUCAUCAUGAAAAUCAUUAACUUUUCUAAGUGCAGAAGGAGAAGUUUGCAGAAAGAUAUCGAAAUGGGAAUAGGUAACUCCAAGUCUAGGUUAAACCUCUUCACUCAGUCUAACUCAAGGGUUUUCGAAUCACACAGUUUUAACAGCAUUCUCAAUCAGCCAACACGCUAUCAGCAAAUCAUGAAAAGACUUAUAAAACGUUAUGUUUUGAAAGCACAAGUGGACAAAGAAAAUGAUGAAGUAAAUGAAGGUGAACUAAAGGAAAUCAAACAAGAUAUCUCCAGUCUUCGCUAUGAACUUUUGGAGGACAAGUCCCAAGCAACAGAAGAACUUGCAAUCCUAAUACAUAAACUCAGUGAGAAACUAAACCCCAGUAUGUUGAGAUGUGAAUGAUUCUAGAAAUGAUCCUUGGCUUCGACUACAGCACAACUAUUUAUUGGCAAUAAUAUUUCUGAGUAUCUUAUACUUGAAAAAUAUAUUGUAGAUUUUUAGCACUAAAUAACUUUAUGUACAGCUUCUUUGAAGUUUAACCUUAGGAAAUUUUAUUAAUUUACCACACAAAAAUACUCUGUUCAUUUU